UUUUACUUCAGUUGUUUGUGAAACGUCGGUUGUGUCGGUAUUGUUUUAUUAUUUGCUUAAAGUGAAAUCUAUAAGGAAAAAACACAAGGAAUUCAUUGGAAUUUUUGUGUUGAAGCUAAACAAGCGCUGAGGGUGUAUGUGCCAUUAAUUCGAGUGUCCCUCAUACAAAUUGGACUUGUGCGAAAAAUAAGCUAAACUUAUGUAGCUGUAGUUAUAAUUUAUAUUCAAUUGAACUUUUUUGUCACAAAAUCACUGCGAAAAGACCAAUAACAAGAAUACAACAAUAGCCAAGAUAACGUAACAACAAAAUAUAUUAAAAAAAUAAUAAAUUAAAGAAUAAAAAACAAUUAAAAUAUAUUAAAAAAAAAUAAUAGUUAAUAAUAGUAAUAGUUAAAAAACAAUUAAAAUAUAUUAACAAAAAUAAUAGUUACAUAUGUAUGAAUGUUUGUAUAAUAAAUACUAAAUAUCGAAACCCUGUUACAAGAACUUAAAAUAUAUUAUCGUACUGCAUAACGUGUUUGUGUCGUUGCUCUUGUUAACAAUACGCUUAUUCGCAAUGAGUUUUCGUAGUCGUGGAAGUGGAGGUGGAAGUGAUGGCGGUUGUGUUCACUCCAUAUUGUAUUUGCAGACAUUAUUUGCAUUUUCCUUAAUAUUACUACCGCAAUUGGCAGCGUCAACUGUUUUAGAUAAAUUGCGUGAUGAUCCAGAUUUAUCACAGACUGCAUCAUUACGGAAACUAAUGCCUGUUAGGUUUUACAGCUUGUUGGAACAAAAUCCUAUUGCGAAUUCAACAUUAUCAUUAAGAGCAUGUACACUGUUCGUUCCCACAAAUGAAGCAUUUCAACGGCACCAUGACACAACCUACGUCCUCUACCACAUGGCAACUGUCGCGAUGACUCAGGACCAACUAACUAAGACCAUACCAUCAGAUAUGGACGGAAAUCCUCCAUUGUAUAUAACGAAAAAUCGUAACGGUGAUAUUUAUGUUAACAAUGCUAGAAUCAUUCCAUCGCUGUCUGUGGAAAUGACCAAUAAUGAUGGAAAAAGACAGGUAAUGCACAUCAUAGAUGAGGUUUUAGUACCUCUUACAUCGCUACCAACUUCCAAAACGGAAAUUACAAAUCCAGACGCAUUUCAAUUUUUGCAACAAGCUGAUUUACUUAACAUAGGAGAAAAUCGCUUAAGAUCGUACCGUUCUCAAGUUACUGUGAUGCGAAAAGAGAAUCUAUAUCAGUCUCCCGGUGGUCAUACUUUUCUUAUUCCGGUGGACGAAGGUUUUAAGCAAACUACCCGUAGCAGUUUGGUAGAUAAUAAAGUCAUUGAUGGCCAUGUUAUUUUAAACAAUGUGAUAUUUACAUCGGCUGCUCAAAUUGAAGUGCCUCAAACCACUGCCGCUUUUGAGGAUAAUAUUAAAGUAACAGUUAGCUUUUCCAAACAAAAAGAAGGAAAAAUGUAUGUUAAAUCGAAUACUUUGCUGGGAGAUUCAAAGCAUGCUACUGGUGUGGUAUUAGCUGAAAUUGUUAAGGCAAAUAUACCAGUACGUAACGGUGUAGUGCACUUGAUACACCGGCCACUGAUGAUAAUUGAUACGACCGUAACACAAUUCCUACAGUCAUUUAAGGUAAAUAUUGAACAAUUCCCUAAUACUUGUUUAAGUUUACGUAUAUAUAAUAAUGUUCAAAUAAUUAUAAAUUUUAGCAUAGAUUUAAAAAAAUAUAUAUCUAAAUACUUUGCGAAUCUAUGCUAAAUUUUUUACAAAAAG